AUGUCAAAGACCAUCACUUUCUUCGGCGCCUCAACUGGCUGCGGCAGCUUUGCCCUCAAGGCAGCACUCGCCCAAGGCCAUACCUGCAUCGCCCUGCUCCGCUCGCCAGCCAAGCUCGCCGACCUCGCUGCUUCAAACCCCAACCUCAUCAUCCGCGAGGGCAACGCACACGAUCCCACCGCCGUCGCAAAAUGCCUGACCAUCCCCGGCGACGACUCUCGCCUGGUUGACGCCAUCCACUUCUCCAUUGGCGGCACAAUGGAUCCCAAGACCUUCAAGUUCACUGACCCCGAUGUCUGCAAGAAGGGCAUCGCCGGUCUGCUCGAAGCCCUCGCCAUUCUUCGCCGUGAUUGGAAUGCUGUCGGCAACCCCCUUCUCGCUAUCGUUAGCACCACCGGCAUCUCAGACCAGAAGCGGGAUUACCCCUUGGCAUUUUACCCUCUUUACCACUGGAUGCUCGCUACGCCCCACGCAGACAAGAAGGUCAUGGAAGAGCGUCUCAGGGCCAGCACAGAGCGAUUUGUGAUUGUGCGACCUAGUCUGCUGAUUGAUGGCGACAAGGAAGGCGUCAAUGUCAGGGAAGGGCUGGAGGAUGUUAGUAAGGGUAAGCUGGAGAAGGAGGAAGUUGGAUACACCAUCUCACGGGCCGCCGUGGGUAGGUGGAUCUACGAAAAGCUGCUCAGCGUUGAUGCAGGAGCUGUUCGGGACUGGGAGGGUAAAGCUGUGUCCAUUACAUGCCCAUACUACACCAACAACAUUCUCGAGCUGAACAUCAAGUCAGUCGGCAAGAAGUCUUCUCGUAACCUCGAAAAUGGCGGCUACGUAAGGGCCAGGAUCGUGGAGACUCUUCAGCCAUCCACAAUGUCCGUGGUCAUGGUCGUCGAGCUCCUCGAGCCCGUCGAGCCGGUUCAAGAUCCGUUCGCCCUUGAGCCUCCGCCUCAAAGGCUGAUCCUCAAGAUGUACGACCGUCGUUUCUCCCCCCGUCUGCGGGAGGAAAUGAACAUCCACGGACCGGCAACCCGGGAAACGGAGAGCCAGUUCCUCAACUUCCUGGAUGAGGGCGGCAUGCCUGAGUUUUUCCCACUAUACCAAAAUGCACGCUUCUUAGUCACUGCCGCCUGGAGCACAGCGCAGAAGGAGGCGUACUGCGCGCUCUUCGCCGGAGAGAUGAACAGUAGCGAAGUGAUGGCAUAUGACUAUCUCGUCCAUCUCCAGGGUGAUGCUGUCCCGGUCUUCCACGCCGACGUUCAGCUAGCUAUCCUUGACGCGACCGGCCAGAGCUUCCACCCGUUUGCCGGAGUUGAGGGCGUCCUGCUCGACUACAUCCCGGGCUUCCCACUGGCUGAACUGGGCGACAAGGUGCCCGAGGCGGAGUGGCCGGCCAUCUGCGACCAAGCUAUCGAGAAGGUCAACAAGAUCAUCGACCAUGCGUUCAUCAACCCCGACAUGGUGCUCCGGAACACCGUCGUCUCGGGCGGCGAGGGCGGCGGGGAGUACAAGGUCUACUACAUCGACUUUGGCAUGUGCGUUUUCCGCCCCGUGCUCGACACCGACGAGAUGUGGAGGGAGCGGAAGCGACAGGCAGGGGAAGAGGGCAAGAUCGGCUACCAUCUUUCCAGCUGUCUCUCGCUGGCAAGGGUCACCAAGGCAAAGGAGAGAUACGAGGGAAGAGCUGUGCCUCACGAUCUGCCCCCCAUGGCAUGGAGGUUCGUGCCCUCGAAUCGUUUUGCGGGCAAGGCCAUGACGCUACCGGAUGUGUAA